UCAUGCUGAUGCAAGACUGCUGAUUGUGACCGAUUUUGUCGAAUAAAAUCGUAUAAGCGGUGUAUCUCUAGCAUUUAUCGUACUGUUUGUUUAAACCGGAACGAAGUUAUAUAUCUGACAUAUACAGGAAUCUUGAAAAAAUGGCUGAAGAAUUCCCGGCUUUCGAUCCUAUGGCCAGGAAGAAGAAAAAGAAGAAGAAGACCUUUGAUGACUUUGAAGCUGAGGAUGACAAGAAAGAAAAUGAAGGUCCAGAGGAAUCUGUUGAAACAAAAGAGAACGGAGAACCAGAGCAAGAAAAGGCUGCUGUUGAUGACAGUGAUGAAUUAUCUUUUGCCUUGUUGAAAAAGAAGCCGAAGAAAAAGAAGAAGGCAUUUGACAUGUCAGAAUUACAGUCUGCAGUUGAUGAAACCGAAAACACAGAGGCUAAACCAGAGGAGGAGGAAGAGGAGACUGUCCCUGACACAAAGGCUGUGGAGAGUUUAGACUUUGAUUUCACAAUAAAAAAGAAAAAGAAACUGAAGAAGAAGAUAAAGAUUGAUGACAUUGUGACAGACAAAUCUGAAAAAAAUGAAGAAGAAGACAGUCCGGAACAGUGGGUAGCGGCAGAAAGGGAUUACACCUAUGACGAGCUGCUGAAGAGGGUGUUUGAUAUCAUGAGAGAGAAGAAUCCCGAGAUGGUUGCUGGUGAGAAAAAGAGACUGGUCAUGAAGCCUCCACAAGUCAUGAGGGUGGGCACCAAGAAAACCUCUUUCGCUAACUUCACAGAAAUCUGUAAAAUGUUACAUAGGCAACCUAAACAUUUACUGGCCUUCUUACUGGCUGAAUUGGGUACAAGUGGCUCCAUUGAUGGAAACAACCAACUUAUUAUCAAGGGGCGAUUUCAGAGCAAACAAAUAGAGAAUGUUUUAAGGCGAUAUAUUAAAGAAUAUGUGACUUGUCACACCUGUCGAUCGCCAGAUACGAUCCUGCAGAAAGAUACUAGGCUAUAUUUCCUCCAAUGCGAGACGUGUAGAUCCCGAUGUUCAGUUUCUAGUAUCAAAUCUGGAUUCCAGGCUGUCACAGGAAAACGUGCGGCAAUACGAGCAAAGACUGCUUAGUGAUACGCUACAUCGGACACUAUGGAGACUUAGGCCAUCACAAGAAAAUUUGCAGCGAUAAGAGCAAAGACUGCUUAGUGAUACGCUACAUCGGACACUAUGGAGACUUGCGGGGAAAACCUAGUUCAGAUAUGAUAUCUGUUUCUUAUUGGGAACUAUUUAAACAAACUGAUGCAUUUGCAAACAUCAUUUUCUCUGUGCUAUUUUUGUACACUCCUCACACUGAGGUUGUAUUUUCCUGUAAGUCUGUCAAUACUGCUUUCAGUGAUAUGCUGUUCAAUAGUUACAGCCGCAGGCAAUAGUGUCUAGUACAGCCAUUCCAUGCAUGCCUAGAACGUCAAUGGGAGGUCGCAAUGACUUCUAGUGACUAGUAUCUAACGUAAGAAACCGUGGUAGUGGGUGUAGAAACUUGCAGGUGAACACAAACAAAAGAGAGUAGUGUACAAUUUGGGGUGAUUGCUACAUGUUGCUUGCAUAUGUAUUUUGCUAGCCCACCAAUGAAGCUGAUAAGGGGAGUCCUAUUCAUUUGUCAACACAAUUUCUUGAAUGGCGAAAAUCCAUUUUAACUUUAGUUAAUUGGUGAUGGUGCCAUUUUCACUUCAACUCAUUAUUUCAAAUAUUCUUUCCAAAUAAUGUUCUUUGAAAUCUGUAAACCGACCCCCUUAAAGCUGCUCCUGUCCGCCCAUUUAAGACUUAUCUUUGACCAGUUGUCUGAUUGCAAUCAUGUACAAAUGCCACCAAUAAUACUAUGAAAGGGUGUUGAAAUUCACUUUGGUUUGGGCAGAAACUGAUAUCGAGUAGCGCUGUCUGCUUCUAGAUAUCUGGUUUGGGUCAAGCUUUGAGACAGUUUUGCGUUAUGGCCAUGCUUUUUCGCGCUAAGGUGGGUCAAGUCCCAAGUCUCAUUUCACAACAGGCAAUCUAGCAAAUGGGAUGUGGGUAAGGUUCAGUAGGGGGUCUGAUUCGCAAGACUCCGGUUGUCAACACAUUCUCCUAUUUAAUCCCAACUACAUGUAUAGCCUGUAUAGAUAUUUUGUAUUGGCAUACUAAACUCAACUAAGACGUACGAAGACAUUCAAUAAAUAUAUUGUACUUGA